GUUUAAUAUUGCGUUCGGGUUGUAUGGGUAUAAACCACUAACGUACGAUGACUACGUGUACCCGCCCUGGGCUAACGCUGUGGGAUGGAUGCUAGCCAUAUCAUCUAUGUCAUGCAUACCCAUAUUUGCGGUCUAUAUUCUGAUCACAACGCCAGGAACGUUGAAGGAGCGCCUCGUGAAAGCCACUAAAACACCCAACCAACGUGCCGCCCGGGAAGCAUACGACAGAGUUGGACAAAUAAAUGGCAACGUGGCCGACUUCAAAUUGGAUUCCAGCCAGUGCAAGAUUGAUCAUGUCUAGAUAGGAUGGUUGUGAUGGUGUAGAGUUUACGUCAUGGACUCAGUGCUUGAUAUGAGGAUACAAUCUUGAAAGCACAACUUUAGUCUAAACUUAUCUAAGCAAUACCUCCAAAGAGUACCACUCUUAUAGUAUUACCUCCCGGUUGUAAAAAUGCAAUUUGCUGGACCAAGUUAGCUAUUUAUUAUGCACGUAUUUAACAAAACGACCAAGAUACAUUUUUUUUUACUUUUUAAAUGGUAGAGUACAUAUAAAGAUUCACCCUAAUUAUUGGUAUCUCUAAAUUCGUCGUACUUUGUGUACGUUAUUCCUCUCGAUGAUUGUUAUAUUUUGAUGUUCAUAUACUAAACAAAAGUAGAGAGCGAUGACUCAAUUCCAAUUUAAAUGUUAUUAAAAUAAUAUUUUUUUUUACAAUGUAAUAUAAGAGAGUUACGUAUUUUAAACAUUCCCGCACAUGUGGUUAAGUUCGACUAUCAUGUGUUCACACGUGAAUAUGUUCUACAAGCCCGUGUCAAUGUGAUUAUGUUCUAUCUCGUGUUCAUACGCGAGUUUGUUCUACUAUUUCCUGUUCACACCCAUAUGUGUCGAUUCCAUUGUUAUAUUGUACCGUGUUUGUAGGUAACACCUAUACCUGUCUUAGAUAUUUAUAUAAUUGUAUGUUUCAGUUUACGUAUGUCGACAAUCAUUGAUCUUGUCUCAAUUCGUUGACGAUUUUGUAUUUGUACCUUUGGCUAUUCUCCUACCAAAACCGCUGACUUUUCAUUAAAAAUGCCCUAUUUUGUCAGUCUGACAUUGGCAAUUAGUACGGAAACAUACCGACUGUUAUAUGUUUGAGCAUUUGUGUCAUACCAAACUGCCUAUACUAUUACGUUUUGUGUGAAUUUUGUUCUCGGUUUAUUUAAUAUAUAGUAUGUGGGUUUAUUAUCCAGUGUCACUUUGCUAUGCAAACAAACACCUUUUAUUCGCCGUCGCUAAUAUUGUUAGUUUGUCAUUGUACCAGAGGGGCGACACGUUAAGCGCAGCUCAAAUUUCGAGAUAAUUUCUUUUGUUACAGAAUCAAGAACCUCCAUGAUAAGUAUAGUUUGUCACGGUGCCAUGUUAACCCCUGUUCUGUAUUCAUCGAUUCCAAUUUGGCUAUAAGUGUGACUCUGUAUCGGUUACUUUGUCAAAUGUAUUAAACUGUAUCGUAUCAACCAAACGUAACUCAGAAAUGUUUUUUUUGUUCGAAUAAGAGACCCAUCAAUAGAGGGCGUACUGUGGAAGUGUGUUCUAUUGUACAUAUAUAAAUAUAUCGUGCGUGUAAGAAAAGUCGGUGAUCUUGGGAAUCCAUUUUUCCCAGCUUUGUUUUAUACAUUUUGUAAGUACCUUAAUAUGUAAAUUACAUGUUUAAACGUGAUAUUUCAAUGUAUACAUUAUCAAUAUUGACCAAUAAACAAUUGUUUGUAGUGUGAGACAUAUAUAUAUA